AUGGAUAGCAAGUCACCGAGCAAGAGGGAGUCUACUGAGGUGGCAGCACGCGAGUCGCUUAUCGCUAUUUCAAACACCUCACCAGAUAAAGUUCAGGAUUCUGUGUCCGAGAGCCAGAAACCAGAUGGGGCUGUGUUGCCAAAUGCUGAUCAGGAUGAACAGUUUAGGUCUGAACUGAUUUCAAUUUCAUAUGCCGAAUCACCUGAUGUCAAGAUCGGAACAAUCGCAACCGGGGUCUAG